AUGAACUGGUUAAGCCACAAGCCUUACCUGUACGAAGUCACCUUUGGGCUCUACGUACUAGACUGGUGCGAGCGCUACAGCUUCAGUAUCCUUUGAGAUUCCCCUCGUCUGUAUCGUUUGAGGUUUUCUUAUUCUUCUGCUGCUUCAUUUAAUGUUUGCGAGAAGGGUGUGCCCUUGACUCGAGUGUGUCUCUAGAUGCGGCGGUCCUGACGCUGCUGUGGUUCAUCUGCUCCGCGAUGUUGAAGACUUCGGUGCAGUUCUACGACUGGUGAGGGCAUCCCCACUCCCACUCCGAUACCCAAGCGCGGAUUGAUAUCGGAAAUAGAGUUCCCCACUACUAUCACGUAAAAAAGUGUUGUUGUUCGUGUUAUAACGGGUAGAACAGGUUGAGGAGGACUUAAUAGAACUGCACCCGAAAUCCAUGCAUCUGUCGGGCCAUGCACCAACAAUUCGUCCCAGGCUUCAUGCGCAAAGAGUGAGAUGAGAUCUCACUAUGUACGGCCAGUGAUCAUUUCAACGCUGGCACAUUCACCCGGCAGUAUCUUGCUGAAAAAAUUUUAAGACUUUCCACUUUCGAACUUAUCUUGUGAAACACCACGAAGACGGGACCUUUUAUUAAAAUUGUCGUUAUUUCAUAUUGUUGGCAUUUUUGUUAUUCGCAUUAAAGAUCUCUUCUGGCCCUAUUUUUGUUCUUGCUUUCUUGUCACCCUACGUGCUUCAAAGAUCGGCGGCAGGUACAAGUAACGACGGAGGUGAGCUGAGGUACUCUCAAAUCAGGAGUGAGCUGCUUAGUCGCUUCGAAUAUAGACGUUGUGUUUCCUGGAAAUUUCCAUGGAUUGCUGUUCAUGGAGGUCAUGUUGCUUUUUUUCCUAAGCUUGGUGAAUAAACAUAACCCAUUACUUGAGCCCAGCUCGCCUCGUAGUCCAUCAGCAUGA